CAAAUCGUAAAAGCGCACAUGCUUCCUCCUCCUCCUCCUCCUCCUCCUCCUCUUCUUCUUCUUCCUCCUCCUCCUCCAUCAUCAUCAUCAUCCUCAUCAUCCUCAUCAUCAUCAGUGCGCCGCUGCAGCAGUGCUUCCAAACCUGCAGCAGAAGCUCCACGUCCAACUUUCUUUUCUCACACUGCGGAUUUUUCCUGCCAUUUUUUCGGGCUUCUUUUUCUACUUUGUGGCCUCUUCGUUGUCGCUCGGAAUCCAGCAGGACGUCGCUGAUUCGCUAUUGGCUGACUUUAUUGGCGCAGGAGGACACGCACAAGAAUAUUUGCACUCUUUAGGGGCUAAGGUGCCGACAGGAAGAGUGUGUGUGUGAGUGUGUGUGAGUGUGUGUGAGUGUGUGUGUGUGUGUGAGAGUGUGUUUGUGGGACCAAGACAGGACAGCAGGUCCCCUUCAGGAUCCUCAUCCAUUUUCAACAUUUUCUCCAACUUGAACCCCCAGACGAACAUUAGCAUGAUGUCAUAUUUAAAGCAACCACCUUACACAGUCAAUGGCCUCAGCUUAACCACUUCCGGGAUGGACCUCUUACAUCCGUCCGUGGGCUAUCCAGCGACGCCACGGAAGCAGAGAAGAGAGAGGACUACUUUUACCCGCGCGCAGCUCGACGUCUUGGAAGCGUUGUUCGCUAAAACGAGGUAUCCUGACAUAUUCAUGCGCGAGGAAGUGGCGCUGAAAAUCAAUCUACCUGAGUCCCGUGUACAGGUGUGGUUCAAGAACCGGCGUGCAAAGUGUCGCCAGCAGCAGCAACAGCAGCAGAACGGCGGGCAGAACAAGGCUCGACCAGCCAAAAAGAAAAGUUCCCCGACCCGAGACGUGAGCUCCGAGAGCGGCGCCAGCGGUCAGUUUACUCCCCCCGCCAGCACCACCACAGUCCCGGCCAUCUCCACCAGCACGGCACCGGUGUCCAUCUGGAGCCCGGCUUCCAUCUCCCCGCUCUCGGACCCGCUGUCCACGUCGUCGUCGUGCAUGCAGAGGUCCUACCCCAUGACCUACACGCAGGCCUCGGGCUACGGCCAGAGCUACGCGGGCUCCACGUCCUACUUCGGCGGCAUGGAUUGCGGCUCUUACCUCGCCCCCAUGCACCACCAGUUGUCCGGCCCGGGCUCGACCCUCAGCCCGAUGAGCACAAACGCGGUGGCCGGCCACCUCAACCAGUCCCCGGCGUCCCUCCCCACGCAGGGCUACGGCACGUCCGGCCUGGGCUUCAACUCCACGGCCGACUGCCUGGAUUAUAAGGACCAAGCCGCGUCGUGGAAGCUGAACUUCAACGCAGAUUGCUUGGAUUAUAAAGAUCAGACCUCUUCGUGGAAAUUCCAGGUCCUGUGAAGCCACGACAGACCCUCAUGAAACUCUCACAGGAGGAGAGUCCUCACUUUUUUUUUUAAUUUAUUUUAGCACUGGCAAAGUUCUUCUCCUCACCUGUAGACCCUCAUCCAUGUCCGUCACACCUGUCGAGGACACAUUUUCCACCUGCGAGGCCACGGAACUAUCCCACUGGACCACGAUGGACAUGGAUGCACUACUUUAUUUAAGACAAAAAAAGAAGUGUUUAUAAAGAAUCAAUAUGUAGUUUCUAAGAGACAAUCAGUGUGUGUCUUAUAUAAAUGGUGUGUUUUUUUUAUCUGUGCUAGCCUUCGAUACUGUGAUCUGUUGUAUUGUAUGCAAUCUGUCAGACCCUCCACGCACCACACUCUCUGCAGCUUUUCGUGGGUAAGGGGGAGCACGCUAAUGAUUCGAUGAGACUUUCCAAGUGGUAUAGUAGUAAUGAUGACGGGUUACACACACACACACACACACAUACACACACACACACACACACACACACACACACACACCUGUCCACUGGAUCUCAACAUGAUUGUGGGUUCCAAAGAUGCUGUGACCUCCCCCAUUGAAAAGGCAUGAAUAAUAACAAUAAAAAAAAUAAAAAGAAUAAGGUCCCAUGAUGAACUUUCAGUUAAUCACGUUAUGUGCUUGUCGUGGACGAAUGAAACAAAUAGUGGAGUUAAAAAUACUGAUUUUCAUAGAAAAUGUCACGCAUUGGGUAUUUUUUAUUUAUCAAAAUUGUCAUUGUAUGUUUUAUUUAAAUUGUAAAUUCAAAGCAAAUUACUUCUUUUGUUUUUUUCACAGUGACACAGUAAUUAACUGUAAAGUUCAAUUUGGAGGGUCAUGUUUUAUUGCAAUAAUUUAAAUCCAGUAUUUUACUGUGGAAAAAAAAGGCUGUUAAAUGCUGUGAAGUCCUGGUCAUUUUUACAUUGCAGUGUGAACAUUUUUACAGUGGGGGGGGGGGGAGAAAUUGUUUACAUACUCAAUUCAAACAGCCCCAGCAAAAGGAAAAAAAAACACAUGCAGUGUUUAAUCCCAUAAAAAAGAUGUUAAUUCCAACAUGUUUGCCAUAGCAACAGUGUGCGCACAUUCAAUGCCCAAGUAUGUUUAAAUAACACUCAUUUGCAUUUAUUGUGCACAAUCAUCUAAAAAAAAAAAUAGUAAAAAUAUACCAUUUCAUGGCAUUCACAGUAUUUUCUCACAGUAAAAUACUGUAAUGAAAAUGUACUCCAACAUUACAACAAAUCCAUCCAAUGUUCUACCGCUUGUCCCUUUUGGGGUCGCGGGGGGUCGGAACAAAUGACUGUAAAAAUUACAAUACCUUACAUUUCACAGCAAAAUACUGCAAUUAUAGUCUUCUGUAAUAUCACAACAAAUGACUGUUAACUCAAACUGAUUUGUCUCUGAAGACUUUCUACGUUCCAGACAGUGGUGGUGUGCUGUUCAAGUUAUUAACAAUAAAAGUACACUUACAGCAUUUAGUUGUAACUUUAAUUAAUCACAAAAUCACAGCAAAUUGCUAUAUUUUACAGUAAAUGACUGUAAAUGUUACUUUGAAUGAAUGCAAUAAUUAGUUAGUAAUUUGCUGUAAAUUUACAAAGCCAAUGUUUACAAUGGAAACAGGUUCAUAAUGUGUAACAAGGGGACUGACUCACUCACUAAAAGUCACUUUGACUUCCAAAGUGAAGAGUCAAGGAUGCCGUCUAAAGAAGGAGGGGAGGGGGUGCUUGUGUUUAUCUACCUGCUAUACUUAAAACUCCCCAACAAAGUCAGAGACUAUUAUGGGAUGUGUAAUGAGUCGACAUGGCUCUGUAGCAGGGCUAAUUGUUAGAAGUCCAACAUUCAAUUAGCAUCCUUGACAUUGCCAAUAAUCUCUCUUUCAUUGCAGCCUCCACUGGAGGAGAGCACUAAUUAAAAGCCUUGCUUGAAAUAAUCGAAGCGUUAAAAAAAAAGAAGAAAAAAAAGACAAGAGACACUUUGAUUCCACUCCUGGACGCUCGUUAGUGCGCAUGUGUCAUUUGUUUAAAAAGAAAAACGUCUAAGAGUCUUUAGAUUUCACCCAAGGGUAAAAGUGCAUGCAGGUUUGUCCACUAAUAUGCUGAGAAAGAGGCAGUGCGUCGUUAUGGUGAUAAACAAUAAAACAAUUGAAUUAGGAGACAAUAGCCGGACGCUUGAAUAUUCAUGAGUUGAGUCUGCAAUGGUGGGAACUAUACUACACUUUCUACAAACAAACUAUUUACUAUACUCCACAGCAUGCAUUCUAUAAGGGGUUUCCCCAUGAAUACCCGUUAUUAUGCAAGACAUUGAAGUUUCUUGAUUUUGAAACACAAUAUUGUGGUACAAGUUGGGCAACAACAAAAAAAAACAAGUGCAUUGAUAGAUGCACUAAAUGACAACAUGUUAUUGUAACCCUGCAGCCGGCAGACCCUACAAAGUGCACAAGUCAGAGGAGAGAUUAAAGAUGGCCUUCACAAUGUGUCAUAUGCAUACAAUGAGUUUUAAUCAAGACUUUAGCGGCAUAUGGGCCCAACAGACGCUGCAUUAAUCCCCCCUGUUUUGGAGGGAGCGGCGGCGGGCUGCGCGGCGCCCCUCGGCCCCCGCAAUGGGUGCUGCUGCUGCACCGGUCAAACCAGAAGAAUGCGGCCUGCACAAGUGCAUGUGCAAAAGGGGCAUAUUGAAAAAAGGAACAAUAACACAAUUUUAGACAAUUGCAAGAAAGGGUAAAAUGAAUAAAUGGUUGGGUUGGAGUAAAAUAAAAAAACAUUUUUAAACUUUUUUUUUGCAACUAUUAAACAUUAUUUGGCAAAUAAAGGUAAAGGUAGGAGAACUUUUUUUUUUUUAGGGAAAAAGUUUUACUCACGUUUAUAUAUUAUUAUUGUAAACAUGACAUUUGAAAAGUGACCUAAUAGCAAAUAAAUAAGCAACAAUAAUAAUAAAGCCAUAUUUGCAAAUGUGAAUUAUUUUAAUGUCUGCUCCAAAAUGGUCAAAUGUCUAAACUUGAGUGAGUCACAUUUAGGUCUGUCUUCAUUGCCAGAUACUUUCAUUAGAAUGAAAUCACUAAGGCUAAAUAAUGUGUCAGAAAAGAAAUAUAAGCAACAGCAUCAGGAUUUCACAGCAUCAACAGUAUUUUUUUCACAGUAAAUUGCUGUAAACAAAAUUUACUGUAACAUUACAACAAAUGACCGUCAAAAUUAUGGUCCUUAUUAGGGAUGUCCGAUAAUGGCUUUUUGCCGAUAUCCGAUAUUCCGAUAUUGUCCAACUCUUUAAUUACCAAUACCAAUAUCAACCGAUAUAAACAGUCGUGGAAUUAACACAUUAUUAUGCCUAAU